GGAAACCUAAAUCACUAAAACUUCAUAUACUGUAUUUUUUGCUCCAUAAGACUCACUUUUUCCCCCCAAAAAAAGGGGGGAAAAUGUCAGUGCGUCUUAUGGAGUGAAUAUGGAGAGGCCGGUCCGGUAUUUCCACCGCCGCGUCAGAAUACCGGGCCGGACACUGAGCUCUUCUCUGCAGCAGAACCUUACCCGUUCCUCGGUCCAGCGCUGCGCAGUCUUCCUGCACCGGCUUCUAUACUGUGGGCACCCGGCUGUGACAGCCGGGUGCCCAGUGCGCAUGCGCGAGAAGUGCUGCGCUUUUUGAAUGGUGCGGCGUCUUCUGGGACACCAGCCGGGUGCCCACACUAAAGGGAGGACAACUCUGCGGAAGUGGGAGUGGGUACCUUCUCUGGUCAUCUCCUGUACCGUGUCCGCAGUCUCUGGUCAUCUCCUGUACCGUGUCCGCAGUCUCUGGUCAUCUGUACUGUGUCCGCAGUCUCUGGUCAUCUCCUGUACUGUGUCCGCAGUCUCUGGUCAUCAUCUGUACUGUGUCUGCAGUCUCUGGUCAUCCCCUGUACUGUGUCCGCAGUCUCUGAUCAUCUCCUGUACUGUGUCUGCAGUCUCUGGUCAUCCCCUGUACUGUGUCCGCCGCAGUCUCUGGUCAUCCCCUGUACUGUGUCCGCAGUCUCUGGUCAUCUCCUGUACUGUGUCCGCAGUCUCUGAUCAUCUCCUGUACUGUGUCCGCAGUCUCUGGUCAUCUCCUGUACUGUGUCCGCAGUCUCUGGUC